AUGUUCACCUUGUUUUGGCGUAUGGUUGACCUCUCCACUGCAUCUCCAGCAUGUGCUCUUAAUUUCGUUGGAGAAUUUGUUAUGCUUUUGUUUUUACGUGCUAAUUUGGAUCCAAGUAAUGGAUGUUGGUAUUGGUUAAUAGUUAUACACCAGCUUCAGUAUGUCAUCUUCGAUGAGGCUCUAUGCUUGUUGCUUCAAAUGAAGUUGGUGUCGUCGAGUGAGAUGUCGAAGCUUGGGAAAGCUGGCAUAGUACGUUCUGCUUGGGAGAUUAAAGUAACUCCAAAUCAGAAUUCAUCGUGGGGUGCUGCCACAGUUGAUGAGAAAAUGGUUGCCAACACCGGAUCAGUUGGCAGCUGGGGAACAAGUAGAGGUGAUACGGGUGGAAGCAAGAGAGAGCAGCACUUGAAGCCAAAUAUCAAAAGCUAUAUAGUCCACUUUAUGCCAAAGUAUGUUGUGCUGGUGCUUAUNGAAGGACUAGUGAAUGGAAUGUGUGGAUGUGUCAUAUUGCAACUAUUCAAGGAGAGAGCAGCACUUGAAGCCAAAUAUCAAAAGCUAUAUAGUCCACUUUAUGCCAAAGUAUGUUGUGCUGGUGCUUAUGGUGUUAUGCUGUUGAGUAUGCUGUUGGUGGCCAUAAAGAAAGUGCUUCUGGGUAUGGACAUUCCAUUUGCACACCACUAUUGUGCUGAAGGCUCCAAGCCAUGGAGGUAUAUUGCUGAAGAAGAAAACAUGGACACGGAAGAGAUCAAGAUGUUAGUCAACAAGUGA